AUGGGCGGCAGCGGCAAAAUCCCAUACCCCAAACACGUCUGGUCUCCAGCCGGAGGUUGGUACUCGCAACCUGGUAAUUGGAAGGCCAAUACUGCGAUUAUGGUGACGGUGAUUGUGGGGAUUACGGCGGGCAUGUGGAAGUUGAGUGCGGAGAGAGAGUAUAGGACAAGUUUCCCGAGGGAGGGCAGAUUUUUCCCAAGCAGAUACUGGAGUAAACAAAUCAAAGAGCACGAAGCAGAUAAGAACAAGAGUAUAACCGAUCGUGUGGUAGAGAAGGUUACUGGAAACUAA